UCACGCAAGACCGUCACCCAGGAGGGGGAGCCUGUGCCGGCCUUGGAUGUCAGCUCCCACUCUUCUGGGAGCUUCUUCAAGCUCUACGACCUUGGGACUUAAAGACACUGGCACAGAAAGAAGGAAACCUCUUCAAGCCAGGAGGGAUUUCUCUCUGAAACAUCCCACAGAGACGCUCAAGCGGUCGUUCCUCUGCGUUACUCCGCCAAAGGGGUGUGCGGACCGUUACCAGAGCCGCAGGCCAGGUUUACCGAAAACAAAUCCACAAAAGACCCCGGCCCCCGGCCCGCUGCCGGCCUCGUCUUCCGCUCAGGCCCGUGCAGAGGACCGUCAGCAGAGGGCCACCCAGUCUCUCGGGGAUCUCGGCGGCGGAGGCGGCAGCCCUCUCUCCCGGAGGGCGGGUGGCCUGCGGCUCCCUCCCGCCAGAGCCUUCCCGGAAUCUGGAGCCCAGGCGGCGGGGUCGGGAGCACCUGACAACAAUUUGGAAACCAGCUUUGGGCCCUGGGGCCGGAACCCGCCCCCGCAGAGCUGGCGGUAGAGCCGGCGGAGCGCCCAGACCCACUCUCACCGGGCUCUCCGGCCUCCUUCCGAGCGAAGGUAAUGGAAACGAGCCAGUUUAAUGAUGAGGGGAACACCGCAACGGCUCAGAAGAGGAGGAAAGGGACCUUAACGAGCCGUCCCUCUGAGAUGCUCCAUCCCACUGACGGCGGGCACCCACGUCCCCUGGGACCCAGGCCAGUGUGCCCGGGCCGCCCACACACGCGCGCGCACGUACACACACCCGGCCGCACCCAGGAGGCCGGGGUCUCUGCCCCCUCCGCUCAACACUCACACGGAGGCCAUCAGGCGGCCAAGUACUGCCAAACUUCUGGGCGGCCAUCCGGGUCCUGGCCCCACCAACGAAGCAAGCAGCAAACCUGCUUUCCCUCCCCUCCCCCAGAGAACACCGGGCCUGCCGACGUGGCCCCCUUCGCCGGAGGCGGGGGACGUGGGCGGCCGAGGUCGCCCGAGCCCUCACUGCCCCUCCCGGAGCAGGUGGGUCGUCCCCGCACAAACCACAGGCACGAGGAUCUGGCUCACACGCCCGUGGCGGACUCUCCUCCGGGCUGGUCCUUGGCCACAGUCCCAGCCCCCGAAUCCCAGGUGCCACCAUUGAGCCACCCCCUCCUCGCAGAGCAGGGACGUGGGCUGCAGAGCCUGCCUCCCCCACGUGCCCCACUGCACAAGCCUAGAAUGCGUGCACGAUGCCCACACCCGCCCCGGCCUCAUGCCACCACCGGACAGCCUUUCCCUCGGUGGCCUGCGACUCUGGCUGCAACGAGACCCAGGGCCCUUCUGGUCACUCCCACCAGCACUAAAAACCCAAAGCACAGAAAACUGUUGGCUACGCUCCAGAAUCUCCCACCGACCUCAGCGACAGCAAGAAGCCAGGACGUCUUCGAGGAAAGAGAGCGGGUUCAGUCACGGUCCAGACAACCGCAGGCUGACGCGCCAGCGCGACAGGGCUCCUCGGGCCUAUCUGCAAAGCCCCGAGCCCCAGGCAUGGUGCAGUGCGAGCACCCGACAACCCUCGCGCGGCCGUCAACCGCAUGGGAGCAGGGAGAGACGGGAACCUGGACAACCGUCUCCUGAGGUGCACCAGCCAACCCACUUAACGCCGUGUGGGAACAAGGACAAGGCAUGGGUGACAACGACGGUGACGUUGUCACCCCUUGUUACAUAACUGAGGAACAUAAAGUCCAACGUGAAAUAAGUAAUCGGUACGUUAAACCGCGUGGAGUCCUGCAGACCCUCAGGUCUGCAGCUGAUCAAAAAGAAAACACGUUCUGCUGGAGGACCACCGUGUAUGAGCUUUAGUUAGAAAUGGUGCAUGGAGGGCGAUGGUUCCGGAAUGUUCCGCACAAGAAAAAGGAGAGACGGAGAGGUGGGUUUUGCAACAAGUGGACGCUCUAAAGCCAGAAGGCUGAGCCAGGGGCAGGGGUCCUGGCUACAGGUGACCUCUCAGGAAGCUGCCCCAGCACUCGGCUUGCUGUGAAAACACGCCCUAGGAAAGGAGGUGGGUCAAUCAGGCACCGAGGGACUUGAACUGACCAGGUCCCCUGGGGCACAGCUGAAGGCGUUCGGGAGGCACCUGGGGGCAGAAGAGACAACAGCAAGGGUGAACUCGCUCAUCCCCAGGUCUCCGUCAACCGGGACAGCUUCCCUGUCUGGUGUGUGGCUCCCGUGACCUGGCCGUGCAGCCCCCACUACCCCAAGGAGGGUCGGGCCGUUGGACAAGGUAAGAAACGUAACCAAGAGGAGAGUCCCCGCCCGCCAACCCAGAAGCACUCUUCAGGGAAUGCGUGUCAAGGAAGCAAUGGUGCGUGCCUACGUAGGUGGGGUGGCAGUCUGUCCUCCUGUGGUAAAAUACUCCUAACGCGACAUUUACCCUCUUAGGCAUCUUUAAGCAUCCAGCGCGGGGCAUCAAGGGCCUUCACCUGCAGAACUUUCUCAUCUUCCCAAACUGAAACCGGGUCCUCGUCGAACGCCCCUCCACACCCGUCCCCAACCCCGGGCACCCCCGCCUACUGUGUCUGUGGACUGGACGUGAGGGGGGCCACACGGUCCUUCUGUGGCUGACGUCACUGAGCACCGCGUCGGAAAGGCUCACCCAUCUUCUGGGUCAGAGUGUCCUUCCCCCCUGAGGCUGCACGAUACUCCAGCGUGUGGACAGACCCUGCCUUGUCUCUCCAUCACCAUCUCCCCAUCAGCUGUCGCAGACGCGGCUGUGAACACGGGCGCACGGCUAUGUGUUCGAGUCUGUGCUUCUGACUCCUGGCUACAUACGCACAAGUGGGGUAGCUGGAUCAUUCCAUCCUUGGUGUUCUGAGGAACCGCCAUACUGCUUUCCACAGCAGCUGCCCGGCGCACAUACCCCACGUCACUGUCUUUCACAUUUAAAAAAACAAAAAAAAAGCUCAAUAAUGGACAGUAAGGAGGUUCUCACAUGGGUGCUGUCUACUCAUGAGACUUGCUGCUGGGCAAGGAGGGGGCAGGCGGUUGCCACAGCAGCACAGGGCACGGGGAGAACACGGGGGGCGCACUCACUGGACAGGACAACGGGACACGCGGGGUUCCGCAGGUGGGGGCACCAUAACGGGGUGGGUCAUCUGGAAUGGGAACAACGGUCUACAUCAUCCAGAGUCACUCCAGCCCACACACAUCCACCUCUCAAUCCAUGGAAUCAAAACCCCUGGAGAUGGGCCCAGGACCUACAGACGAGUUCCCGUGUUUCCUACGCACAACUCAGAACCCUGGUCAUUUGCAGAAAAAUGGGGGCAAUCCAAGCAGCAAAACUAUCCCACGGACGCUGCAGGGCAAAUCACCAAAAAGGUUAUGCCCUCAAGAAAACCACCCACCGGACAUGUGACAAAACAUUCUCUGAGACUCUGUCCACUUGAUAGACAACUACUAGACUGGGUAAUUAGGUCCAAAUCAAAAAGAAGAAUCCCAGAAGACAAGGCCAUGAACUACCACGGCCCUCGUUUUAUGACGGGGGCGCAGAGGCACAAAGCAGUGAGGCUGCGUGCCCAUGUCACACAACCCGCAACCGCCGGGGCUGGGGGCACACCUAGGCUGGUUUCGUACAACAGGGCACACUCAACGCCACGAAAACAGUAAGGAGAGGUGACAGGAACAAGAUUCUGAAAAGCUAACACAUGUGGAUCUUUUGACACCAAAAAACACACACACUGAGAAAAGCAAAACCAGAAAGUAAGAUCAACGAGAUGAAAAACGCAUCUGUGUGUGGCGUGCCCAGGUGGCUCAGUCAGUCGAGCGUCCGACUUCGG